AUGUAAAUAGGGGAAGUCUAUCCAAUACCACCAGAGCUUAAAAAUAAAUAUAAAGAGUUAGAAUAAUAUCAAUAAAUGUAGUAUGUGGGAUCAAAAUUUGGAUUUGCUUUAUUAUUGUCCAUGCUUGAUUUCUUUCUAGCCAAUGGUGAUGAAAGUAGAUAAAAAAUCGAAUUAUUACUAACACCAAAGAAUUUAUAUUAAGGAUUCUCACUCAUUAUGGUUGAAAAAAUAUAAACUUGCAUUAUCGAGAACAAAAGCUUAUCGUAAUUCUAUUAAAAGUUGCUUUUUAUUGAUCCUUAAUCUUAUAGAUCAAAUAAAUUUCUUUUUGAAUUUUGCUAAAUAUAUGGAGAGCCUUUAAGAAAACAAUUGGAACUAAGACUCACUACUUUAAGCAAUAUAUUUAAUUUGUCUUUUCUUAUUUUUGGGAAUCUGGAAAGCAGAAUUGAAAAAAGUAAGCCUAUGAUUUUAAUUUACAUAAAUUAAGAAAAGGAAUAUUGUUUAAUUAAAUAGUUUAAUGAAGAUAUCAAACCAAAAAUACAUGAAACUCAAAUCUCAUCAAAAUAAUAAUAGAAGAAUUAAAAUGUUUAAAUGGAUAUAAAAUUUGAUUAAAUAUAAAUCUUAGAUCAAAUUGUUAAAAAAAUAAAAAUUGAAUAAGUCAAAUCUAACGAAGAAUAAAUUAAAGAAUCAAAAUAAUAACCAUCUAAAAAUAUACUUUAAUAAUAGAAUAUUGGAAUUUUAAAUGAAAAUCUAAAAUUUUAAGAUGAUUAAUUUAUUUCUACAUUUAGCAAUGAAAAGAUCAUUUAGUCAUUAUAAUAAUUAUGCAGUAGUUGUAGUAAUCAACUCGUAUAUAAAAGUGAAAAUUUUGUUAAUAGUUGUAAACAUUAAUAUUGUACAGAUUGCUCAAUAAAUUUUGCAAGAUAACCUUUUUUCGAUAGAGUUAAAUGUACUUGGUUUGGAUGCAAUGAGAAAAUAAAUUAUGAAAAUUUAAUUUAAUAUUUGAAAUAAUAAAAAAUUUAGUUUGAAUGCUCUUAAUGCCCAAUCAAAUUUUUUAAAGAAAAUUUUGACUUAAACCAAAUUUGUGCUCACAAUUUAUGUGUUAAUUGUUUAAAUGAGUUGAAAUAGAAGUAAACUAAUAAUAAAACUUUCUAAUAUCCCUGUCCAGUUCAUAAGUGCGAAGAAAAUUUAAAUCUAUAAAGCUUUUUUAAAUUUUAAUCCUAAAAUUAAAAUGGGCAAUUAGAAAAUUAAUCAAAUACAUAAUUUUAAUUAUAAGAAUAAUUAGUCAACUUUAAGAUAAAUUAAUAGGAAAAUAAUGAUAAUUAUAAAAUAAAGUUAGUGAAGAUUAAUGGAUAACCAUUUUAGAAUUAAAAUUAAUGUUCUUUCUGUUAUACAGAUUUUGGUCUUUUAAAUAGAAAAUAGAUAUUAGAUUGUUAAAUUCAUUAACUUGGACUUUGCUGUUUUUAAAAUACUUAAAAAUGCCCAUUGUGCACCCAAAAUCAAUGA